AAAGGUUACAAGACUUAAAUAACAUAAUAUAGUUGAGACAGGGUUUACGCGACUCUGCACAACUCCUAAUGGAGUUCCUCACUGCUCACAUAAAGACGAUUCUUUCUACUACAUUCAGAUUGAGAAAUAAGAUGUAUAGUCUGAGACCAAGACGGACACUCAAAGAAGCCGUCCGAAAAGUGUUUCUGCUGACAAAACGAUAUUCAAGGGAUAUUAAGAAGCUUUUGAUCCUCUUCUUAGUGCAAUUUUGUGUCAUCCUUCCAUUUUUCUACUGGAACGUCCCAUGGAGUGCCUAUUUCAAAAUCAGAAAUCGAAAUGCAAACUUUGAUAAAUUAGCCACAGAGCAAAAUUUUCUCAGGGUGAAUGAAGCUAAGGAAUAUUUCAAAUCUCUGGACCCAAAAUCUUCACUUCGUUGGUAUGACAACGUUUUAUAUAACCAUGACAACGACCUUGACAUGGUGGUGGCUAUAAUAACAAUGAGUAGAAAAAAGAAACAAAAAGAUCUCGGAUACCUACUGCAAUCAACAUGGAAGAUGGAUAAAAUUGUCAAGGACCAAGAAAGGACCUCCAUUUUUACGUUUGUUUGUAACGUGGAUAAGGAUCCAAGUAAUUUCGAAGAAGCAAAUUACCUCCGCAGUUACCUCCCUUAUGUGGAACGUUUUGGAGGAUCUCGACCUUACGUUGCAGACGUCCCAAUUCCUGAUACAAAUCUGACAUUCCGAAAUUAUGUUUCAAAAGACAAAAGUUAUAUUAAAGAGACUAUUGAUUAUAGUUUUUGUUUAAAAGUGGCUAAAACGAGGAAAUCUAAAUAUGUCCUGGUUCUUGAAGAUGAUGCUGUAGCUAGAGACGACUUUUUACUUAUUUUAGAUCAUAUCUUCAAAUAUCGAUUUCAACACAACAUUAAUAUGCCAUGGGCAGCAUUAAAACUCUAUUAUCCCGAGAAAUUGUCUGGAUAUGCGUACGACCUCGAUCGUUUGAUUGAAUUGUGUUCGACUGGUAUCGUAGGUUCCACUAUUUUUACAUUCCUUUGUUAUUUGAUACUCGGAUUAUUCAAAACUUUCAAAAAGUUUAAUACAUAUCUAUUUUUUACCAUAGGAUUUAUUUUUACUGUUUGUUCUUGUUGUGCUAUUGGACGUCAAAAUAUUUUAGAAUUCCGUCGAUUUUUACCAUUUACAUACCAAGUGUUGAAACCUCCAAAAUUCGGUAGCGUAGCCACGUUAUACCAUUAUUCUAUUUUGGACGAUCUAAGCAAUAGCAUGUACCAUGAUGCCUUUAAACAGAAAAUGAAAGCUGAUUUUGCUUUGGCAAAUUUUAUAAAAAAUUCUAAAUUACCAGCUUAUAUGAUAUUUCCGUCCUUAUUCCGUCACAUAGGUCAUAUAUCUUCCUUACCUAAACCCAACGAGAAGGCAGUGGAGUUUAUCUAA